AUGAUGUGGCACCCACUUUCGACGACGCGACUCCUAUGCCAUACACGAGCUAACAUAAUGAUAAACGAAAAGAAUGAUGACAUGGUUUCCACAACACAAAUCUACUUUCCCAAUGAUUUGCGUAUACAUCUUUGUGAGUCAAAUGUGAUGGUAAUUGGGUAUGAAAUGUCAAACAUUUACAUUGUGUUUGACUGUCUCUUGAACGACAAAGUGGUGCAUGACUUUAAAUUGGAUGAUCCCGAAUUGAAAGUUAUUGGAUAUAUCAACCAACACUUGCCAACAAGUUAUCCUCAUUCAACUCACAAAACUUUGCAAAUGUGGUUUGAUCAAAAAACAAACGAGUUGAAUAUCAAUUGCAGAUCAACAAUCAUUUACUUUGACCCACCAAAUUUUAGAAACUUGGAAUACUUUUCAAUUCAACCAAUACUUUUACAGUCAAUGGAAGCAAACAACUCGAGCAAAGAGACAACAAAUAACAAUACUUUCAAUCAUAGUGCAAAAGAAAACAAAUUGAAGUUUUAUGAACCAUUGAACAAUAAAAUACUAAUGCUGAACGGCAUGCCUCAAAAGUUUAUUUCUGAUAGCGAUGUGCUCGACAAGAUAAAUCAAUUGUUUCGCAUACGCUUGAAGUUUAGAAACCCUGCAACAGCAGGCGUCGGCACAAGGAUGUUUCAAUUUUUUCAACAUUGUCUCUAUGUGAUUCUCGUUCCAAUUGUACAAAUACUACAACAGCUAUUGAUCAUGGCCAUCGACAUCAUCAACCAACCCAUAAUUUUCAGCACUUCACUUGUCAAAAUCUCUAGAGUAUUCCGUCAAGCUGAUUUACGACUACAACAACUCAAUUAUUUUCCUAUACAAUUCUUGUGCUACUACAACAAACGCAUCCUAUAUGACAAAUCUGACUCUCUCGUUAUCACCAAACUAAAGAUUCCAGUACUCAACAACGAUCUCAAUAUCAACAACUCCAACUAUAUCAACUUUUACAACUCGAUAUGGCUCAUCUUGAACGAUAUUUUGCUAGGACACAGUAUCUAUAAUCUUAUUCAAACACACCAAAACCAAAUAUUUUAUUUCUUCAAUUCCACAAUAUUACAGAAAUAUUUGUUUCAAGACUUGACAUCAUUGAUUACAUGGAUUUCAACAAAACAUCCAGCCGGGUUCAAAUUAAAUACCAAUUUGGGAACAUUUCUUGGUGAUUUAUACAUUUGGACAAUACAUUUUUGGAAGCUGGUGAUGGACCUGAUGAGUUUCCCCGGUUCCAACUCCAACUUGAACUUGAACUCCAACUUGAACUCAAAUUACAACACUACACUUGUGAUGCUAGCAAUCAAAUAUAUUUGCUUCACAGGGGGAUGCUCUUUUCUAAUUGCCUUUCUCACUGACAUUGUUUACUUGAUCACAUUCCAUAUAUACGCAUCGUAUUAUUGUGCUGCUAAGCUCUACAAGAAGCAAAUAGGAGCUAUCAAGUCCUUGUUCCAACUCAUUAGAGGCAAGAAAUACAAUGUUUUGAGAAACAGAAUCGAUAAUUUGAAUAAUUACGAAAAUGCGCUGCAAUCAGAUUUCGGAACUGGAACUGGAACUGGAACUGGAUCGGGGGCUGGGUACAGAUCAGGAGACGGACCCCAGCUCAGAGUUGGAACUUUUACUGGGUUCGAAUUGGAUCAGUUACUUGUGGGUACAUUGCUAUUCAUGAUCCUAAUCUUUCUCCUACCCACAGUUUUUGCAUUUUACUUAUUGUUUUCGAUCCUACAUAUACUCACAUUGAUGACGCACAACUUGUUGGAAAAUUUACAGAUAGUGUUGAACUUUACUCCAUUAUUUGUCAUAAUGCUUAAAUUGAAGAACUCCAAAAGACUCCAAGGCGGCAUCACAUUUAGUCUAAUCCGUUGUAGUAAAGGUGUAACUGAGCUACGCAUGUCUAACAAGUCACUAACGUAUCAUGAAGUUUUUACAAACUUUUUUAGGUUAUUCAAACGAGCAAAGAAUUUCAGAGAUUCAAUCUUGAAGAAUAUGAUUAAUGGAAACGUAAUUCUGAUCCGCUACGACUACAAUUUAAAGUUUUUGUACUUGAUGUUGCCUGAAGAAUAUAGAGAAACCACUAGCGUUUGGAAAUAUGUCAAGUGA